GCGAGAACACACGCCAUGCCGCAGCCGACGUCGGAAGCGCUUCGCCGCGCCGAGCACCAGCGACUGCGCAACCGGCUCAAGCAGAAGCGCCACCGCGACCGGUUCACAACCGAGCGCAAGCAGCUCCUCGCACGCAUCAACGAUCUGCGCGCCGUGGUCACGCGACUUGAGACUCGCAAGCCGCCCAAGACGUCGCUGCCGUGGAAGAUCAUCGCUGGCGGCCUGGCGCAGGCCAGCGUCGAGUCGCGCCUGACGCUCGAGUUGCUGCGCCAGCGCGCAGCCGCGCUCGACCACCUUGCGCGCGCGAUGUCGGCGUGGGUCGCGGCCGCGAGCACCAAGCAUCCCUUGCCGACGGGCAGCAAUGUCUUGGCCUGGAACCAAGUGACGCUGCACGCCGAGCCCACGACGCGGAAGCUCGGUCUUGACUGGUUCACGCAACACAUGUACCACAACACGGACCGCAUUUUAGCGGCAGCCGCCUUUCCGUCAGAAGGCACAGUCCGCGACAUUGCAGUCCUUGGCUCGGCGGCCGACGACCUACUGCAUGUGCUCGGGCGUAUUCAGAUCGUGUACGACGCACCACUGUGGGCAACGUACGCGGCGCUCGAGAGCAAGAUUUGGCGUAAAUUGCGCGGGGAUACGUAUCCGUGGGUCUCGCAAUUUCUAGACGAAGAGAUGACACAAAGCAUCGACGCCAAGAUGGUCUACAGGCGGUCGCCAAUGGACGCGGACGAAAGCAACUACUACGUGAGCCGCGAGUUUGCUUCGGACGACCGUAUCGUCUUUUUGACCGGUAAUUUCAACCAAGACACGCUCCAACCUGUGAACGAAAUGUGGCGGCCGCGCAUGUUUUGGUACACGUUUUCUACAUGUAUACGCAAACAUCUCAUGGAUAUGUGGUGUUAGGUUUCUGCUAGAGCGGGCGGGGCCGCACCAAACUCGGCUGCGCUGGGUCUCGUGCACGGGCCCCAAGAUCGACCGUGGCGUACCAAUGACGUGGCGCGAGGACAUGGCGUCGUUGGACUUGGACGUUUCAGAUCUUUCGGACGACGCGCAGUUUACCGAAUUCCAGCACAUCCUCGAGCGCGAUUGGAUGCCACUGCUCACGAGCGACUUUGCGUUCUUAGCAAAUAGUGCCGACGCGACGGACGCGCCAUCGAUAAUCUGAUUCACCCGACGAGCUAAGUGAAUAUGGAGGAGAGUCAACA